AUGGAUCUCUCAAGUUUCAAUUCGUUUCUAAAAACCGCCCAAAUCGUUGGCACAUGCAUUGCGAACCCUCUCAAUCUUUUUCUGAUCUAUCUGAUUUGGACAAAGUCUCCGAAGAAUAUCGGGAAUUAUAAGUAUCUGAUGAUCUAUGUAUCAUUCUAUGAAAUAGUAUUUUCAGUGAUUGCAUACGUCACCGAACCGUUACUUCACUCGUUUUCCACUCGAGUCAUCGUGAUUGUGAAAGCUAAGGGAUCGAUUUUCAGUAGAGAGAUUUGCUCAAUUCUCGACUGUCUCAUGUGCGCCAUGUAUGGAAGUUCCAUGAAUGUGUUCGCUCUUCACUUCCUUUAUCGCUACGUCUCGCUAUUCCCAAAAGCGAGGAAAGUUUUCGACGGAAUGAAAAUCAUCUUCUGGCUGAUGAUUCCUCAAAUUUAUGGAGUCGUUUGGCUGGUCACCUACUAUUCAGUCUUCAGGGAGACUCCAGAAUAUACUGAAUUCAUUCGCAAAGAUAUUCUGGAGCAUUUAGACAUUGACGUGGAUGAUGUUGUGUAUGUUGGUCCUUACUAUUAUAUGGAAGACAAGGAUGGAAUCCAUGAUUUGGAUUGGACUGCAUUUUGGUCCAUGGCAGUUGUAUGGUUUUUGAUUUUGUCAUCUGCGGUCACUGUUUUUAUCUGUGGAUACGGUUGCUACAUGAAAAUCACAAGAGGACUUGCAAAAUCUUCCAACUCCAUUCAAACAAAAUCAAUCCAAAAUCAAUUGUUUUAUGCAUUGGUCAUUCAAUCAGCAAUCCCAUUUCUUCUAAUGUAUAUUCCCAGUUCCAUUGCUCUUUUCUGCACCUUGAUUCAACAAAAUAUCGGAAGUGCCAGCCUUUUCAUCAGCUAUUCCAUUGCUAUCUACCCAGUUGUUGACCCUCUCCCAUCUUUGUUCAUCGUCCGAAACUACCGGAAGGCGAUCACAGAACUAAUAAUUGUUUUGAUGAAAAAGUUUGAUCAUUGGUUUGUGAUUCGUUACGUAACGAGCUGCGGGAAGAUUAAACCUUCAACUAGACAAUCGUCAAUGCAGAUUGCUACUGUUCGGAACAAAUUGAACUCAUAA